AUGAACAUCAUGCUGACCAAAAGAAAAAAAGAAAAACCCGCCCCCCCCCCAUGGGAACCAGAAGCGACGCUCCUCCCGCACACAUCAGCCCCCUUAGCAUCCCGCAUAUCAAUCCCACCCCUCGCCUCCACCGCCCCCCAGGCCCUCCAACCGAAACCCUUCCAUGACCUCUCCCUCGAAGCCCAAGAGGCGGUCAUCAUCGAGGACCUCCUAUUCGUCUUUAUGGGCUACGAAGGCCAAUACAUUCGUUUCGGCAAAGGCUACAAUCCCAACGAGGAACGAGACAGGCUGUCCGGUCCAACAUGGCGCAUCCUCCCCGGCCUCGACCCCUCCUUGCAAGACCUCACCCAGUCCAUGCUGCGCAUGGCUGCUCAUUACACCGCUCUCGUGACGUUUGUCGACGUACAAUCCCGCGAAGAAUUCGGCUCCGUCAACCACGCCCUUUGCGCGUCAAUACGGAAGCUGCUGCAGGAGUAUUUGGUCAUGGUUGCGCAGUUGGAGACGCAGUUCUUGACGGAUGACUCGUUCACGUUGCAUGUGUUGAAUAUUCAUGUGCUGCCCACGAGCCAUAUGAUGCAUCAGGUUUAUGGGCUGGCGCAUGAGCUGUUGAAGAGGAAUGCGCUGCUGGAUGAUGAGUCGGAUGAGAGUAGUGACGGCGGAGAUGAUUAUGAUCAUAUUUUGGAGCAGCUACGAGAAGGGGGGGAGCUGGUGCCGGGGAACAUGACCGGUAAGAAGAUUACCAAGGGAGGGGUGGUGCUGGGGUUGAUCACCAAGAGGUUGGAGUCCAUGUCUGGUGAUCCGGCGGCCAGGGCGUUGUUGACGACGCUGCUGAGGGAUGCGAGCAAACCGUACAUGGCUAUGCUGAACGAGUGGCUGCACCAUGGGGGGAUUAGUGACCCGCAUUCGGAGUUUUUGAUCAAGGAGCAGAGGAGUAUCAGGAGGGAGAGGCUGGAGCAGGAUUAUACUGAUGAGUAUUGGGAGAGGAGGUAUACCAUCCGAGACCACGACGUGCCGCCGCAGCUGGAGGGGGUCAAGGACAAGGUGUUGCUUGCGGGGAAAUACCUGAAUGUGGUCAGGGAAUGCGGCGGCGUCGAUGUCAGCCUGCAGGUUAAGCACGUGCCGACUUCCUUUGACGACAAUCGGUUUCUGGACAAUGUCAACAACGCCUAUGCGCAUGCGAAUGAGUCGCUGAUGCAGUUGCUGUUGACGACGCAUCAGCUGCCGGCACGGUUGCGUUCGCUGAAGCAUUACUUCUUUCUGGAUCCGUCGGAUUACUUUUCUUACUUUCUCGAGCUCGGGGCUAGUGAGCUGAGGAAGCCGGUCAAGUCGGUGAACACGGGGAAGUUGCAGUCGCUGUUGGAUCUGGUGCUGAGGCAGCCGGGGAGCAUUGUUGCGCUUGAUCCGUUCAAGGAGGAUGUCAAGGUGGAGAUGAACGAGAUCAACCUGACCAAGAGCCUUCAUCGGGUGGUGAAUAUCACGGGGAUAGAGCAGGGGGAGGCGCUGCAGCCGCUGACGAGCAACCAGCCGGUGGAGAGCGACAAGGCGGCGAAUGGGUUUACGUCGUUGCAGAUUGAUUAUUCGGUGCCGUUUCCUGUGUCGUUGGUGGUGAGCAGGAAGACGGUGUGGCGGUAUCAGGCUCUUUUCAGGUAUCUGCUGUCGUUGCGAUAUCUGGAGUCGCAGUUGUCGACGACGUGGCAGACGCACACGAGCGGGUUUGUGUGGUGUCAUCGGUCGUCGUCGAGGGUGUUGGAGAUUUGGAAGAGGAGGGUCUGGACGUUACGAGCGAGGAUGUUGGUGUUUGUGCAGCAGCUGUUGUAUUUCUGCACGGCCGAGGUCAUUGAGCCGAACUGGCAGGCUUUGAUGGCGAGGGUGAGGGAGAGGGAGAAGCCGCCUCAGCAGGAGCAUCAGCAGCAAGCGGGAGCUGGGGAGCAAAACGGCACAACACUCCCAACACCAACCACAUCCCCAAACCUCCACCACUACCCACUAAAGUCGACACAUAUCCGCCCGGGGUUGACGAGGACAGUGGAUGAGCUGAUGCAGGAUCAUGUCGAUUUCUUGGAUACGUGUCUGAAGGAGUGUAUGCUGACGAACUCCAAACUCUUGCGUAUCCACUCCAAACUAACCCAAACCUGCACCAUCUUUGCAACCUACACAAACUGGCUAUCCCGCGAGCUGGAAAAGACGGACCCCGACCUCUCGGGACAUCACAGACCGCCCAACAUGUCGGAGGAGCAGUGGCGGGUUUUCCAGUCUGUCCGCUCCCAAAAACCUACCGAUGCCUCCUUCAUGGAGGGUCAGCAGCAGCAGCAGCAGCAAGGAGAGGACAAGAUGGCGAGCUUGUUUGACUUGAUCAGGAAAUGGGAGGACAAUUUCAGCAAGCACCUGCAGAUUUUGCUGGACGCGCUGAACCACUACGCGGCUACUGAGACGGUGGUGCUUUUGAGUUUGUGCGCGAGGUUGAGCACGGCCAAUGCGGGGAGCGGCUAUACCGGACGGGGGGAGUAUGGGCAGGGACAGGUGGAUGGGGUGGGGGUGCAGAAUGGUGGUGGUGGUGGGAUGGAA